AUGUCUGCUAAAGCGGGCCAUGUGGUGGGCAACUCCCUUAAGGUACGUUAUUUUACCUCUUCUUUGUUUUCCCACCAAACACUUAAUUCGCAAAUGUCAACUCUUUUCACUCUUAUUUCUCUCCCCAAAAACAAAAAUUCUUUCUGUUCUAGUUCUUGUAAUACCGGAGAGAUUGAUUAUUUUGAUCAGUUUUUGCCUCCUUGUGAUAAAAAGAUCGACUCUUUAAGCUUUUUGAAUUCUAAUGAGAAGAGGAAAGUAGUUGUUGGGCUGUCUAGAAUCAUUAAACAGGGCCAAGGUUACAUCUUGAAUGGAUUUGCUAAAAACUUUUGCCCUUAUUUUUUAGUUAAGACAAUGAAGUCAUUAGAAUCUAGAGAAACUGCAUUUGGCUUUUUUAAGUUUGCAUUUCAAGAUGAUUCUGAUGAAAUAGUAAAGUCUUGUUGUGUUGCGGCACAUGUUUUAGGUGCACAGAAUCUCAGGUUCCUCGCUCAAGAUGUGGUUUCUUGGGUUAUUAGGAGAGUUGGGGUUGAUAGGAGUAGGGAGGUAGUGGAAUUUAUGUGGAAAAGGCAUGCUGAAUUUGAGUCGGAUUUCUCGGUUCUUGAUACACUUAUGCGUGGUUUUUUGAAAGUGGAAAUGGGUUGUAAGGCAUUGGAGAUUGUGGGAAGGAUGAGGGAGGUGGGCCUGAGGCCGAGUUCUUCAGCAAUUACGAUUCUUUUGAAGUUGUUGCUUAGAGUUGGAGAUUACGGUAGUGUUUGGAAGUUGCUUAGGGGUAUGAUUCAUCAAGGGCCUCAACCUAGUAAUCAUAACUUUAAUGCGGUGAUUCUUGGUUUUUGUAGAAAAGGAUAUGUUAAAGUUGGGCAAAGUUUGUUGUGCGUGAUGCAGAAGUUUCAGUGUGAACCGGAUGUUUAUGCAUAUAACAUUUUGAUUCAUGCAUACUGUAUGAGGGGGCAGACUGUAGAUGCACUUGGUUGGAUGCACUUCAUGAUAGAUCAUGGUUGUACCCCGAGCUUGGUUACUUUUGGUACAGUUAUAAAUGCAUUUUGCAAUCAGGGAAAUAUGGUGGACGCAAGGAAGCUUUUUGACGGGAUAAAAGAGGUCGGUCACUUUCCCAAUGUUGUAUGCUAUAAUUCUUUGAUGAAUGGAUAUGUUAAGGCUAGGGACAUUGGUCAGGCAAAUAUGCUUUAUGAAGAAAUGAAGAAGGAGGGUAUAGCUCCUGACUGUACAACUUUUAAUAUUUUGGUUGCAGGGCAUUGUAGAUAUGGGAGAGAGGAAGAUGUUGACAGAUUGCUGAGGGAUUUGUCGUUAUCAGGCUUGCUUCCAGCUAGUUCACUAUACAAUAUUUAUCUUUCAGGCUUGUGUUGGGCUGGUUGGUUGGAUGAGGCCAUGGAAUUUUUAGAAGAUAUGCUUGAGAAAGGAAUACCUCCAAGUGUAGUUGCUUUUAAUUCAAUAAUAACAGCUUAUAGCAGGGCUAGCUUAGAAGAGAAAGCCUAUAAAGCAUACAAAAUGAUGGGUAAAUUUGGUUUAUUUCCUUCAUCUUUGACAUGCAGUUCACUACUCAUGGGUUUAUCCAAGUUGAGGAGGCUGCAAGAAGCAAGGGAACUUUUGUACGAGAUGAUAGAAAAAGGCCUUCCCAUCAACAGAGCGGCUUUUACUCUGCUUCUGGAUGUGUACUUCAGGAUAGGGGAUGUGGCAGGUGCUUAUAGCCUGUGGAAUGAGAUGGAAGGAAGGGGGAUACAUCCUGAUGCUGUUGCCUUCUCAGCCUUUAUUAAUGGUCUUUCUAUAGUAGGUCUAGUGGAGGAGGCAUAUGAUGUAUUUUUACAAAUGUCAAAAAAAGGGUUUGUGCCUAACAAUUUUGUAUAUAACUCUUUGAUCCGUGGAUUUUGCGACAGUGGGAGGCUGCAGGAAGCAUUGAUGUUGGAGAAGGAGAUGGUGCAAAACGGUCUUCUUCCUGAUAAUUUUACCACCAAUAUAAUCAUCAAUGGGCUCUGUAAAGAAGGCAGGAUGAAGUUGGCAAGUGAUGUGUUUAGAAACAUGCACCAUUUUGGUUUGAUCCCUGAUAUUGUCACCUACAACACUUUGAUUGAUGGAUACUGUAAAGUAUUUGACAGAGUUAGUACGGAUGAAGCUGUGAAUAAAAUGCAUGCCACUGGAUGGGACCCAGAUAUCACUACUUAUAAUAUUCGUCUUCAUGGAUUAUGCACUGGUCGAAAAAUGAGUCGAGCUGUGAUGAUGCUGGAGGAGCUUAUCUCAGCAGGUGUUGUUCCAGACACAGUAACAUACAACACUGUAUUGAAUGGUGUUUGUACUGACAUAUUGGAGCGUGCCAUGAUUGUAACUGCUAAAUUGCUUAAGAUGGCGUUUGUUCCUAACGUCGUUACAACUAAUCUACUAUUGUCUCACUUUUGCAAGCAGGGAAUGCCUGAGAAGACCAUAAUGUGGGGCCAGAAGUUGAGUGAGAUCUCCUUUGAUUUUGAUGACAUUUCCAUAAAAAUAAUAGACAGAGCCUACCGUAACAUCCAAGACGAUAUUGAGGUUCCAAAACCACCACCUGAAAAGAGCCUGUUUCUGGAUUUCCUCAUGUACGUUACAUAUGAUUAUUUGAGCAGAAAUAGUCUUCACAAGAAGGAAAAUCACGGUUCGCUUAAAUGGAUGGAAAUUUGUUAUGGCGGACCUUGA